AUGCCGAUUGGAUAUAGGUUCCACCCCACAGAAGAAGAGCUUGUGGGUCAUUACUUAGAACACAAGUUGGCUGGUAACGAUUCCAUAGUUAGCAACAUUACUGAAGUUAACCUUAACAGCAUUGAACCUUGGGAAUUACCAGUGAUGUUAGCAUUGUCAAAGACAACAUCGGAUGAUUCAGAAUGGUAUUUUUUUACUACCGAUGAUUUGAAGUACAAGACAAGCACAAGAUGUAUAAGGACUACCAAUGCUGGUUAUUGGAAAAAAACCGGCAUAACCCGUGAAAUCAAGAUCAAAGGAACCAACAAUGUUAUUGGCACAAAAAAGAUUUUUGUUUUUUACAAACAUUAUGGUUCUCAUAUUGAAAAGACUAACUGGAUCAUCCACCAAUAUCAUGCGAUUAACGUUCCUGAUAACAAGAGAAAUUUUGUUUUGUGUCGAUUGAUGGAGAAAACUGAAGUAGUAAGAGAUGAAUUGAUGUAUGAUGAAGGAGCAAGUAACCACGUUGCUGCGGGAGCUGAGUUAGAAAGCAUAGCGGAUUUAACUCCAAAUGUAUGUGGUUCCCCUGAAGUGACUAUGCAAUAUAACUUACUAGCAUCACCUCAUGAAGAUGAUUAUAGUUUCCCUGAAGCUACUAAUCAGACAUAUUUUGAAGGUUUAACAUCUUCAAAUGCACAUUUUAAGACUGAAAACAGCAAUGCAGGGUUUGCAUUUGAAACUGAUCAAGAGGUUAAGGCUAAUUAUAAUUCAUUCUUGGAUUCAGAUUCAGCAGUUGGUGAAGUUUAUAUUAGUUAUGAAACAAGUCAAAAUGCACCUGCUUUUGUUGAUGAUUCCACUGCAUAA